GCUCUCCUACUGUAGGUGGAGCUGUCUGUCCUGGAGUUGUGGGGCAGGUCUUCCUGUUGUGCUGGCUACCUUUUGCUCUCUGUCUCUGGUUCCUGGUUAAUGACAGCCGUGCUCCGGUACAGCAGGAUUACUGCCUGACGAAGACUUUUGUCAUCUGGAUGCUCCACCGUCUGUUACUGCAUACCGCCGCCUUCUCGUUACGGGGGGGUGUUUCCUUUGAUGUCCUUUAAUACGUUUUCAUGAUUUUGGUCAGAAGUUUUCCCCUCAACCGAAAUGUCUCUGCAGUGCAAAGCGGGAGGAAAUCCAUCGAUAGCUGAUCAGCUUCCCUGGAUUUCGCUGACGACAUCGCUUUGUUGUGUGUGAAGAUGGAAACACUGGAGUCGGAGCUGACCUGCCCAAUCUGUCUGGAGCUCUUCGAGGACCCCUUGCUCUUGCCCUGCGCUCACAGCCUGUGCUUCAACUGUGCCCACCGUAUCCUGAUCUCCCACUGCAGCCCCAACGAGCCUGUGCAGUCCAUCAGCGCCUUCCAGUGCCCAACCUGUCGCUAUGCCAUCACCCUCAACCAGAGGGGCCUAGAGGGACUGAAGCGUAACGUCACUCUGCAGAACAUCAUCGACCGCUUCCAGAAGGCUUCCGUGAGCGGGCCCAACUCCCCCAGCGAGACUCGCCGUGAGCGGGUCGCCCCGGACGGCUCGGCCAUGACCUCCCCCAGCGAGACGGUGCAGUGCCAGUUCUGUGAGCAAGACCCUCCCCAGGAUGCCGUCAAGACCUGUGUCACCUGUGAGGUGUCCUACUGCGAUGAAUGCUUGAAGGCCACCCACCCCAAUAAGAAGCCCUUCACCAGCCACCGUCUGAUCGAGCCCAUGCCGGACUGCCACAUCAGGGGACUCAUGUGUCUGGAGCACGAGGACGAGAAGGUGAACAUGUACUGUGUCACAGAUGAACAGUUGAUCUGUGCCUUGUGCAAACUGGUCGGUCGGCAUCGGGACCACCAAGUAGCCGCCCUCAGCGACCGCUAUGAGAAACUCAAGAGAACUCCAGGCUGCUAUCUCAGUGAGAGGAGUGAACAGGAGGAAGCAGACCAGGAGUUAUCUACGCAAACCUUGGACUCCAACCUCAGCAAUCUGAUUAAGAGGAACAAUGAGUUGGAAACUCUGAUGGGCAAGUUGAUCCAGAUCUGCCAACAUGUGGAGGGUAAUGCAUCAAGACAAGAGAACAAGCUCCUUGAAGAGUGUGACCUUCUGAUGGACAUCAUACAUCAGAGAAGACAGAUCAUAGCCACCAAGAUAAACGAGGGCAAGGCUAUCCGGCUGCGAAAGCUAGCCCAGCAGAUCGCCACCUGCAAGCAGAUCAUCGAGAGAUCGUCAUCCCUCAUCACUCAAGCGGAUCACACCCUGAGGGAGACAGACCACGCCCGCUUCCUGCAGACAGCCAAAAGCACCUGCGAGAGAGUGUCCAUGGCAACAGCAUCCUCUCAGAUCCUGAUACCAGAGAUAAACCUGAAUGACACCUUUGAUACGUUUGCGUUGGACUUUACAAGGGAAAAGAAAAUGCUGGAAAGCUUGGAUUACCUCACAGCACCAAAUCCCCCAAUAAUCCGGGAGGAAUUAUGUACAGCAUCGUACGACACCGUCACUGCUCACUGGACAUCAGAUGACGAGUUCUGUGUCGUCUCCUAUGAGCUGCAGUAUGCCAUCUUCACUGGACAAGCCAAUGUCGUCAGUUUGUGUAACUCAGCUGACAGCUGGAUGAUUGUGCCCAACAUCAAGCAGAACCACUACACAGUGCAUGGACUCCAGUGUGGCACCAAGUACAUCUUUAUGGUCAAAGCUAUCAACCAGGCAGGGAGUCGCAGCAGUGUACCUGGGAAGCUCAAGACCAACAGUCAGCCGUUCAAGUUGGACCCAAAGUCUGCUCACAAGAAGCUGAAGGUCUCCCACGACAACCUGACGGUGGAGCGAGACGAGACGUCGUCCAAGAAGAGCCACACCCAGGACCGCUUCACCAGCCAGGGCAGCUACGGCGUCACGGGGAACGUGUACAUCGACAGCGGGCGCCACUACUGGGAGGCCUUGAUAGGAGGGAGCACAUGGUUUGCUGUGGGCGUUGCUUACAAGUCAGCACCGAAACACGAGUGGGUCGGCAAGAACUCGGCCUCGUGGGUAUUAUCUCGAUGCAACAACUCCUGGGUAGUACGUCACAACAGCAAGGAGAUGCCCAUCGAGCCGUCCCCCCACCUGCGUCGCGUGGGGGUGUUGUUGGAUUACGACGCCGGUUCCCUGGCCUUCUACGAUGGUGCCGGCUCACAGCACCUGUACACGUUCGACAUCACCUUCGCUCAGCCAGUCUGUCCCGUGUUCAACGUGUGGAACAAGUGUCUGACUGUUCUCACGGGGCUGCCCAUCCCAGACCACCUCGAGGGGACAGACUGCCAAGAUUAACAGACCAGCUGAUGCAACACAAAGACACAAAGGGAGCAGAACAGACGCACUUCAGCCUCACCUGGCUGCCUUUUGUGUCACACCAUCCAUGCUGUAUGAAACAGAACAAAGCCAUGGUGCCAGAUAAGUCUCCAAUCAUGCUCUUAUAGAAGCAAAUACAUUUUUUUUAAAUUAUUUAUGGAAACAAUUUAUUGGGUUAAAAAACUAUUGUAGAUUUUAUUUCUUGCUUAACACAUUGAUAUUCACUGCUAUAUUUAUGCUUGUUGGUUUUGGGAUGCACUUAGAGAGGACGGUGGGUAUAACCUUUUGAAGUUCAGUCAAAUUUAGAGUAUUUUUAAGCAGGCAGUGGUUAGAGCGUUGGGCCAGUAACCAAAAGGUUGCUAGUUCAAAUCCCUGAGCUGACUAGGUAAUAUGUUUUUUUGUUGUUCUGCCCCUGAACAAGGCAGUUAAUCCACUGUUCCUAGGCCAUCAUUGUAAAUAAGAAUUUGUUCUUAACUGACUUGCCUAGUUAAAUAAAACAAAAUUAAAAGCUCUGAGAUUAGUUUAUUUCAUUCUUACACAUACAGUAGAUUGUUGAUCUUUGUCCAUGUAUCAAUCGUUAGCAGCAUGUUGCUAAAUGUUUUACGUGUAACCGGUUUAUUUUGACAUGUCAUCAUGACACCAGUUCCUCUGAUUACAGAGCAGUUAUAACAGGAGUAUUCAUCUACAAUCUUCUGUUUCAUACAAGAUCCUCUCUAUGAUUUUUCUUAUGUAUUAGGAUGAUGUUUGUGAAAAUAAACACAGUAAGAGUUAUUUUAAUAGUUAAUCUGCCUCUUUUACAAUUCUAAAAUCACAGCACUUCUAAUGCACUUGACUAUAAUUGACAAACUCACAAAGACACAAUUCUUCAUCUCUUUGUCAAAAAAAAGCACUACGAUGUUUUAAAAAAGUUGAUUCAUGUUGAAAAUGUACAUUUUUAAAGAAAAGCCAUUUUAAGUGAAAUUUCAAUACAGAAAUAAUGUCUUAAUUGUAAUUAAAUACAACAUGUGCAAUCUCUGUAAAUACUUUAAUGUUUUCUUCUCGCGUGUUGGCUCUGUAUGUUCAUGUGCCGGUACAUUUGGUAUUUGAGCAAUUUCACUUUUUCCGAUGCAUCAUUAUUUUAACACAUUCCUUGUUAAAAAUGUAAUAAAAUUACAUAAAUAAAGUGUGAAUUGUAAAUUGUAA